AUGGCAUCGCGAAUACUUGGAAGCGAGGCUGUUGAAGCCAGACUCUGGCUGCCGCCCAUAUCUUUAGCCGAAGCAACAUCUUCACUUUCCCAACAUGUGGCAAUCUUUGCCCGAGAGGACAAGGCCAAGGACAAGGCAGGGCUUGGAAUAGUCAGUUUCUUGACCGCUAUUGGCGUGGCUUUGGCAGUAUUUGCUGCACAAUUUUCCUUGUUUGCAUUACUUCGCAACAAACUAGCGAGAAUAUUCAAGCCUAAAACCUAUCUUGUUCCUGAGCGAGAACGAACCGAGCCACCACCGAGAAAUUUAGUAGCCAUGAUCCGUGCAAUGAUUCUCUACGACGAGCGGGAGGUUAUCAAAAAGUGCGGGUUGGACGCCUACUUCUUCCUGCGUUAUUUAAAAACGCUUCUCGUCAUCUUCAUACCAAUAUGCUUCGUGGUAUUACCGAUCUUGAUUCCCAUCAACUAUGUCGGUGGCCAAGGUCGUGAUAUCGCUAUUGAUGACAGUGCCAGAAACUCAAGUACAGGUCCUACUGGCCUGGACACCUUGGCAUGGGGAAACAUCACUGCGCAAAACACUAGCCGCUACUCGGCUCAUCUAAUAAUGGCCAUCCUUGUUGUUAUUUGGGUAUGCACGGUAUUUUUCUUUGAACUUCGAGUUUACAUCAAGAUUCGCCAAGAUUAUCUUGCAAGUGCCGAGCACCGUCUUCGAGCUUCCGCAACGACUGUUCUCGUCAGCGGAAUUCCCAAAAAAUGGCUAACCGAAGAAGCCCUCCUGGGUUUGUUUGAUGUGUUGCCAGGAGGCAUACGAAAUCUAUGGAUCAAUAGAGACUUGACCGUACUCCUGGAUAAGAUUUCUCUCCGGGAUAAUAUUCAUAAGAAGCUGGAGUCUGCAGAGACAGAUCUCAUCAAAACAGUCAAAAAGGCACAAAUGAAGCAGCGAAAUGCUGAAGAGAAGACGAGGCGUAGGAAGCUAAAUCUGAAGGCCUUGACGAAGGUAGAGAGAGCCGCCCGAGACGCAGAGGAAGAUGCGGAGGCCAAUCGUGUGGCUCGCACUGAGGAAGGCACAAAUGCCGGACACGGCCAAGAUGUUCCCCAUACCGUGGACGCAGGCGUCCGUGAAUCCCAACUGGACAACCGUGGGAGAUCGCAUGCGAAGUCGCCCUCUCAUGAUUCUACCGCACACUCUGAAAGUCACCUUAACCCACUGCACCACGUUGGUGCCGGUCUGAAGGGCGUUGCGGGAGUUGCAGGCAAGGCAGGACGAGGCGUCAACGAUGCUCUGGGUACGAAGAAUGGCUUCGUGGAUCUGAGUUCCUCCCCAGAACAUACACAUCGGAACAUCCCGUCCCCUGUACCGGCAGAAUCGCUUGAAGCACCACGGACUGGCUCUCCGGUCGGGUCCAUGCUGACUUCGAGCUCCACAAGAGCCAUAAAGCGAUCUCAGGAUGCUGGCCACGGGAUGGAAAACUCCGUUCGCAAGGUUGAUAACAUUGACGACUUGUAUUCCAACGAAAGACCAAAGUUCUGGCAGUUCUGGAAGGCGCCUCAAGGCAAGUUUGCAUCACCAGUGCCACAAGGUGCCACAAGAUCAGGAUCCGAUAACGAAGAGUCUACCUGGGAAUCUUUCAAGCACUCCCUUCCAUUCAUGGGCCCCAAAGAGGAACCUUUCAAAUAUGACGAUGCGUAUGAAUGCGAAUAUAAUCUCGACAUGGAGACGGACGCGGAGUGGACAAAAUAUAUCAAAAGACGUGACCGCCCAACUCACCAUCUUCCACUCUUUGGGGCAAAUUGGAUGUUCGGACUUCCCCUGGUGACCAAGAAGGUUGACACGAUUUACUGGUGCCGCCAGGAGCUUGCUCGGCUCAACUUGGAAAUUGAAGAGGACCAAAAACACCCGGAGAGAUUUCCAUUCAUGGCCUCUGCCUUUAUCCAGUUCAAUCACCAAAUUGCAGCACACAUGGCCUGCCAAAGCAUUGCACACCACCUGCCCAAACACAUGGCGCCCCGGACAAUCGAGAUCUCGCCGCGGGACGUCAUGUGGGGAAACAUGGCAAUCAACUGGUGGCAGCAGUGGCUUCGGUCCGUGAUAGUUGUGACGAUUGUUGUUGGCAUGAUUCUCUUGUGGGCGGUUCCAGUGGCAUGGACAGCAGCCAUCGGCCAGGCUGAUGCACUGAUUAGAUCGAAUGGCUGGCUAUCUGGGCUUGAGAAGAACCCGGCGCUAGCCAACCUAGUCAAGGCAAUUGCUGGUGUGUUGCCGGCAGCUCUCUUGGCGCUUCUGCUCUUUUUGGUGCCUGUGAUCUUCGGGUUGCUGGCCGGCUUCCAAGGCGCAAAGACAGGCUCGGAGAAGACAGAGUUCGUACAGAGAUACUACUUUGCCUUCCUAUUUUUCCAAGUCUUCCUCGUUGUCUCUAUCGCGUCCUUUCUUUUCAAGUCUCUGGACAACCUGAUUAAUAGCUUUAGUGAACUAUCGAACGUCAGUACAGUGCUGAACGUAUUGGCUACCAACUUGCCCUCUGCUGCGAUUUACUUCUUUUCAUACAUGGUGCUGCAGGCGCUUUCUACCAGUUCUGGCACCUUACUACAAGUUGGCACUUUGUUUACGUGGUUCAUUAUGGCGCCAAUGUUCGACAGCACUGCCAGGCAGAAGUGGACGCGGAACACGUCACUCAAUCAGAUCAACUGGGGCUCGUUCUUCCCAGUUUAUACGAAUUUCGCUUGUAUUGGACUUAUCUAUAGCGUUAUUGCGCCGUUGAUUUCCAUUUUUGCUGUUAUCACCUUCGGCCUGCUCUGGCUUGCCCAGAGAUAUGCUAUGCUCUACGUCAACCGCUCGGAAACUGACACCGGCGGAGUCUUGUAUCCUCGGGCAAUCAACCAAACUUUUACUGGAAUUUACUUGAUGGAGCUUUGCCUCGCUGGAUUAUUUUUCAUCAUCAUUGACGAAAACGGCAAGAAUGCCUGCACACCACACGGCGCUAUUAUGAUAGUGGUGUUCCUGCUUACGAUACUGUAUCAGUACGUCCUUAACAAAUCGUUCUCACCCUUGUUUCGAUAUCUCCCAAUCACGCUCGAAGAUGAAGCUGUGCUUCGCGACGAGGCAUUCCAGCGCGCCCAGGAUAUCCGUUUCGGGCUCGUUCAAGAGGACGACGACGAUGAUGAUAACAGCGAACACGGGCGGAUGAACGUUGGAGAGAAAGCAGCGCAGAUUCCGGACAGCGACAAGGAUAUAGAGCUUCAAAAUCUGGAAUCCACUAAAACAGAAGGGUCGGCUGAUCUCUUAAAGCCGGUUAAACAAGUCGGGACGUGGGCCAAGGCCGGAGGCAAACAGGUCGGGACAUGGGCCAAGGGCGGUGGCAAUCAGCUUCGCAAGUUGAAGAAUAUGACUGACAACACUAAUGCUGCGCAAUACCGCCGCAACCAGCGGCGGAAGGACCUUGAGGCGCAGAAGGCUAUUGGCGAUGCCCUCUACGGCGGCAUUCCUGAUGACAUUGAAGACCUGACGCGCGAAGAAAGAGAUGUUCUUACCCAGCACGCAUUUUUGCAUUCUGCUUUGCGAGCUCGAAGACCGACGGUCUGGAUUCCACGGGAUGACUUGGGGGUGAGCGAUGACGAGAUUAGGCGCACGAAUGCUUUCAGUAAGCAUAUCUGGAUCAGUAACGAAGGCACAGCACUUGACAGCAAAGUGCGGGUUGUGUACGGAAAGAAUCCUCCAGAUUUCUCAGAGGUGGACAUUAUCAACCUAUAA